AGGAUCUCUGAAUUUUUAACUUCAAGAAGCCCUAGGCUUUCUUCAUGUGCAUCACAUUAGUGGAAAAUUCCUUCAUUCAUUUAAGAAGACAAACAGUUGUAACUUUCACGUUGGCUUGAUGUGACAUCAAUGACUGACUGGGACUGCCAGCAUUCCAAAAAGGAUAUCGUCCUCAUCUGCAGCCACUCAGGGCUGUGGGGUGGAGCCUGCAGCACAGGCUGAAACAUUUACAGGUGCAUAAGUACCUAGGGAAGGGCACAGGUGAUGCACCUGUCCCUGGAAAGGAGCACUAGCACAGGUGUGUCACAACUCACCAGCUGCCUGGGUUAGAGCAUGAGCUUCUUCGACCCACAGACGCACUCGCCGCCGCGCUGCAGCCCACAGUUCCCAAAUAUCGGCCAAGAGCCUCCGGAGAUGAACAUCUACUAUGAGAACUUCUUCCACCCACAGAACAUCCCGAGCCCCCAGCGACCGAGCACCUUUGAGACAACGGAUUACAACACCACUCCCAAUCCCUACCUCUGGCUAAAUGGACCUUCCAUUACCCCACCAUCGUAUCUGCCAGGAUCCAACAGCAGCCCCUUCAUUCCGCAGUCGUACGGGAUGCAGAGGCAGCUCUUGCCCAACAUGCACAGCCUGGGAGGAACUGAUCUUGGCUGGCUUCCCCUGCCAUCCCAAGAGGAGCUGAUGAAGUUGGUGAGACCUCCUUACUCCUACUCUGCCCUCAUUGCCAUGGCCAUCCACGGGGCACCUGACAAGAGGCUGACACUGAGCCAGAUCUACCAGUACGUGGCUGACAACUUCCCGUUCUACAACAAAAGCAAGGCUGGCUGGCAGAAUUCCAUACGGCACAACUUGUCUCUCAACGACUGCUUCAAGAAGGUGCCUCGAGAUGAAGAUGAUCCAGGAAAAGGGAAUUACUGGACUCUGGACCCAAACUGUGAAAAGAUGUUUGACAACGGGAACUUCCGCAGGAAGAGGAAGAGGAAGUCUGACAUUGAGGCCAGUGCUGCUGGUCUUGCGUCUGAGAAAUCCGAGGACAGUACCCUGUCUGGCAGCCCCAAAGCUGCAGAGCAUCAGGACAUCUUGGAAAACUCCUCACCUGGGACUGACAAUUCACCUGAGAAAGAAUCCCCUCCUCCCUCUUCCAGCAGCCCGUGCCUCAGUAACUUCCUCUCCAGCAUGACCGCCUAUGUCCACGGCUCCAACUCAGGGAGCCGCUCCGGGCCCGUGGGACUCAGCUCUGAACCCAUUGACAAAAUGGGGCAGAACAUGGUAGGCUUCAAUUCCUACUCCUCCCUCUCCAGCAUCCCCAGCCAUGGUGUGGGAGACUGGUCCAAUUCCAUGCCUUCUGCUCACCUUGGCCACAGCAACUCGGUGCUCAACCAGUUUAACACCCAUUUUUACAGCAGCCUCAGCACAAACAACACCCUGUUCUCCAGGGAAGGGACAGAGGUUUAGAGGAAGGAUUCUGGGACACUGGAGGAUAGUUAUUUCUGAGAGGAAAUUAUCCAUGGGCAGGUGAUUAGCGUUAGCCUCUGCAUCCACCUCCUGACAGCCACAAGCUUGUUACCUAUUAUACUGAAAUCACAAACAUUUCACAUUCAGCACCUCCAAAGGAAAAAUCAGAGAUAGUAAGAGGAAGAACAGUGAAAAGUUCUCCUCAGACACUGCUUGUACUGCUGCCAACCAGGGCCCUCUACAGAAGUCCUUGAGAAGUUACAGCUUGCCUUAGGCAGGAGGCUCUUUCUGGCAUGGCAUUAACAUUGCUGUGCUUUUUAAAGUGAUAACAGAAAUGUUGUGGUACUUUAAAAUAUCCUGUCUGCAGGUAUAGGGUGCCUCUACUAAAUGCUCAGCAAGUUCUUAUUUGGUCAAAGCUCUCCUGAGCACUGCAGGAUCCAUAAUAAAAACCACUGUAUAG